AAAGUUCUUGCAGACACACGGUUUAAUUUUCCACACAGAAUCAGGUUUUAUUUUAGUUUGGCACCGUUAUCGGAAUGAAGCACAACAGCAGCAGCUAAGCAGCUGGGAACAACAACAAUAAGGCACAAGUCCGUUCAAGUCCGGUUUGGACGGAAAGGGAUAGACUGAGAGAGUGACAAUUCGUUCGGUUAUUUCUAAUCUCAUCGCAAGUAUUCUUCAUCUAAUCAACUGUCAUUGUUGGCGGAAGGAAAUCGCGCGCGCGUUUUGGAAAUCACCAGGAAAAUUGUAGUUUGUAAGGGUUUUUUGGUCACCGGAAGUCCGAACCUUUUUGAGUGUAAUUGUGAGCAAAGUUUGUAGCAAAUAAAGGAAAAAAUAUAUUAAAUAAUAAAUAAAAGCAUUUAAAUCUAACCAGUGCAGUAAGUUAUACCACAGAAUAUCCGCAUAAUCGUUACAAAUAACCUCCGAAGAUUGGUAGUUCUUAAGGUGCACCAAAACGGAUUGUUUGGCCUGUCCCGAAAAUGGGUCACUCGGCAAAUCCCAGGGCUGGGGCAGAAAAGCAGCUUCGGCUGCAGUUUCCUGUAAGGUUCGAGUCUGUUUAGAGUCGAAAGUAUUAAAGUUUCCCAGAAAAUUCAAGUGAAAAGUGUGUUAGGAAAACCCCCCAACAAAAAAUCCCCAAAAAAAACGAAGAAAAUGGAUACGGAUUAGCUGCGACGACCAGACGUGUGCGAAAUAUAGGUCAUUGAAACGGCCCCGUGGCAGUGUUGCCAGCUCGUUUUUGUUUUUCGGGUGGUGAGUGAGUGAAAGUGCAACGAUGGAGCUGGGCGGUGAGGUGUUUACGAUGGGGCUGGCCCUGAAGCUCCAGAAGAUGCAGCCGCAUCCGACGGAUUUCGGGACCGAGUUCCGGCGGGAGAACUCGAACACGGGGGCCUCGGCGGCCUACACCAGCGGCGGCUGGAACGGCGGUGUGCAGGACCAGGAAAUGACGGCCCUGAACGACACCGGUCCGUACGGGGAGUACGAGCUGUUCUACCGGCACUCGUCCACGAUGACGGCCGUGUACUGUGUGGCCUACUUUGUGGUGUUCAUCGUCGGGUUGAUCGGGAACAGUUUCGUCAUCGCGGUCGUCUUCCGGGCCCCGCGGAUGCGAACCGUGACCAACUUCUUCAUCGUGAACCUGGCCCUGGCGGACGUGCUCGUUAUCGUGUUCUGUUUGCCGGCGACGCUCAUGAGCAACAUCUUUGUGCCGUGGAUGCUGGGCUGGCUGAUGUGCAAAACGGUUCCCUACAUCCAGGGCGUUUCCGUGGCGGCCUCGGUCUACAGCCUGAUAGCGGUAUCACUGGAUCGCUUCCUCGCCAUCUGGUGGCCGCUCAAACUGCAGAUCACCAAGCGGCGCGCCCGCUUCAUGAUCGUGUGCAUCUGGAUCAUCGCGCUCAGCUCGACCAUCCCGUGGGCGCUGUUCUUCCAGUUGGUACCCAUCUCGCCCCAGGCGCCGGAAAUCCAACUCUGCCUGGAGGUGUGGCCACCGGGGACCGACGGCAAGCUGUACUUUCUGCUCGCGAACCUGGUCGCGUGCUACCUGCUCCCGAUGACCCUCAUCACCAUUUGCUACAUCCUGAUCUGGAUCAAGGUCUGGCGGCGAUCGAUUCCCGGCGACUCGAAGGACGCCCAGAUGGACCGGAUGCAGCAAAAGUCCAAAAUCAAAGUUGUUAAGAUGCUCGUCGUCGUUGUUAUUCUGUUUGUGCUGUCGUGGCUGCCGCUGUACGUGAUCUUCGCCCGGAUCAAGCUGGGCGGAGCGCUCGAGAGCAGCGAGGAGGAGAUGAUCCAGAUCGCGACCCCGAUCGCGCAGUGGCUGGGCGCUUCGAACUCGUGCAUCAACCCGAUCCUGUACGCGUUCUUCAACAAAAAGUACCGCAAAGGCUUUGCCGCGAUCAUCCGAUCGAGAAAGUGCUGCGGACGGUUAAGGUACUACGAUACCGUCGCGAUCGCAUCAUCCUCCACCAGCACCCGCAAGUCGUCGCACUACCACAACAGUACCAAGCAGCGAUCCCAGUACAGCCCGUCGAUGAAGUCGGCGGACGCGGUGUCGUACAUCUACGAGGAUCGCGCCCGGAGGCACCACGCCGGCAUCUCCAAGCAGGACAGUAACCUGUCGCGCCACAUGCUGCUGAAGCAGGACAGCAGCAUAUCGAGGCAGACGUUGCUGCUGAAGCAGGACAGCAUCGCGUCACGAUCGGCAAUUCUGUACCGGCAAGAUAGCGACAAUUCGCGCCAGAUGCUGCUGAAGCAAGAGAGUAACGGCUCGCGGGACAUGCUGUCGAAGCAGAGCUCGGCCUCGGACUCGAUGUCGCGCCAGGACAGCCAGAUCUCGUACAUUGAGCCGCGGAAGGGCAUCCUGUGCAAGCAGGACACACAGAUCUCGUACAUCGAGCACACGCCGGGCAGCGGCAGCAAAAAGUUCUCGGCCUCACUGUCCAGCCAGGACAGCGUCCUGUCCAGCAUUGAGCACAAGCGCCACAAGCUCGUCAAGCAAGACUCGAUUUUCUCGUUCAACGAGCCCAAGUCAGGUAAGCCCUCCUCAUCAAGGAGUCCUCCGGCACUAGUAGCCGCUAGAAGUAGUUGGUGUCCAAGCACGACUCCCGCACGCCAAAGCACGACAUUCCCUAAUGCACCGUCACCGUCACCAAAACCAUUCUGUCACUGUGUGAAGUCGCUGUACGCCCUGUCCCGCUGUGCCCUGACGACCGAAGGCGCCACUAACCUCCUCCUCCGGCAUCAUCACCAUCCCCUAUUGUUCUUGCUCGUUGUAGUGUACGAGAGUUCGGCGUCACCGAUUGCCGCCGCCGUCGCAACCCCGAACCGGCGCCACCAGCUGGUCAAGCAGCACUCGGUCAUCUCGUUCGCCGAUCAGCGGCGCGGCGGAAGCCUCACCAAGCAGGACUCCGUCACGACCAUCCACCGGACCAACGGCAACGGCGACGGACAGUACAUAUCGUCCAUCCUCAAGAAGACCGACUCGCAGUGCAGUUCGGCUUCGCCGAUAAGGAAAAAUAUUGGCUUUUUCGACGGAUAAGCAGGAAGAGUGCUGUGUUCGUAGCCUACACAUAGUACAGAAAAGCGCGCGCGCCCGGAGGGGAUCACACGUAACACCGCUGCCUACCAGACUACCAAGUAGACAAGUCAAAUCAGAGAAUAUACCGAACCACCCCCGUACUAUAAACCCUCUCUUCUAUACACAUACAAACACACACAGAUUCACCAUACCCACAAGCUGGAUACAUUUUUAAAUAUCCUAUCUCUAACCGUGCCAUGAAAGGAAUGUUCGGAAGCGAAGAAAAAAAAGCAUCAUCAAAGCUAGAACUUAACACAAAAAACAAUCCCCGCUUCGUACCGCUUUUGGGGACACACUGGGAAGAGUAAUAGAUGGAUGGAUAGUGUUGGGGACCAUAGACGGUUAUUCAAGAUGUUCGAAAUUAUUUUAAAACUCCUAAACAAUUAAACCACAUUACCAAUUCUGCUUUAAGAAAAAGAUACAGAAAAAACACAAAAUACUAGAGGUAAAGAGAUGGAUUUAAAUUCAGACGGGUCCGGUUCGAAACUCGACGGAAGCAUAACCGUUUUUGAAUUCUUAAAAGUG